AUGGCUCAACAAUUUUCCCGCUUUGUCAAAUCGGGCGCCGGCCUUGAAAAGACCCUUCGGCUGAUUCAAUGCGUGUCGCAGGUCGUCGCUGCACUCACUGUAGGCAGUGCCUUGGCCGUGCAAUUGACGACAGUUAAGCUACAAUUGGCGUUGUCACGGCGGUACUUCCGUUUCUUCGGGUUCAUCGACUCCUUCCAGCACAUGAUUGCAUUACUGGGUAAGGACGGCUUCACUUCUGUCGCCGGACUGCUGGAACUAGCCCAGUCCACUUGCUUUGGUCUCUACUUUGUCCUCGAGGACUUGACUCUGCUUCAUGCAAUGGGUGUCUACGCCGUCCCCUGGCAUGACCGUGUGAUGGACCAGGCUAAUACCUUCUGGUUCUAUGCGCUUGCUUUCUCUGUUGCCGGGGCUCUUUGGGCGCUGCUUUUCGGCCCCGCGGAGAAGCCUGUCAAGAAGAAUGGACAGAAAAAGAACCAGAAGGCUGUGUCGGAGAAGAUUAACCCGACCAAGGCGACUCCGUCUUCUGUUCGGGUUAAGCAGAUUGUGGUAGAGCUCUGUGAUAUGCUCAUUCCGCUGGAGCUUCUGGGCUGGAUGCCCACCGGCGACGUGGUGGUUGGAUCGACCAUGGUGUUGAGCACACUUCUGACGGCUCAAGAUAUCUGGGCACAGGUGUAA